AUGCCAGACGAAUGGGAGAAGCAUCCCAAUCCUUCAUCCCUAGACAAGCAAAUCAGGAACAAGAUCUCUGUAUUGCAAGGCACUCGAGAAAACUGGAUAAAAGGAUGGUUAACAAUCACAUCGACGAGCUUUGUUAAGGCAGAAGCAUUGAAUGACAGACCAUCUGAGAGAAAAGAAAGAAAGAAAUGGAAUGUCACCGAGGAUGUUGUGCUUAUUAGCGCAUGGUUGAACACCAGCAAGGACCCUGUUGUAGGCAAUGAGCAAAAAGCUGCUGCUUUCUGGAAGCGUAUAGCUGAUUACUUUGCAGCUAGUCCAAAAGUUCAAGGCAGUGAAAAGCGAGGGUUUAACCAGUGUAAGCAGAGGUGGCAGAAGAUAAAUGAUCUCGUUUCCAAGUUUUCUGGUUCUUAUGAGGCUGCAACAAGACAGAAGACAAGUGGAAUGAAUGAGAAUGAUGUGGUUAAACUAGCACACGAGAUCUUCUUCAAUGAUCACAAGAUCAAAUUUAAUCUUCAACAUGCGUGGGACGAGCUAAGGUAUGACCAGAAAUGGUGUGAAGCAUCUAGCAGUAAGAUUGGUGGAAGCUGUAAGAAGAGAAAGGGUGACGAUGGUGCUCAGUCCGCAAGCUCUUACGCAACUCCCAAUGAUGCUGAGCAACGUCCUCCUGGUGUCAAGGCAUCGAAACGAGGAAGUGGUAAGAGAAUCGAUGAAGCCCUCAAGGGUGUCUUUGAGGUGCAGAACUUGUUGGCAGUUAAAGAGAAAGAUUUGGUAGUGAAAGAGAGACUGUCCAAGGUGGGGCUGCUUGAGACUCUUAUUGCCAGAAAAGAGACUCUAUCUGACGUUGAAGAAGCUUUAAAAAUUAAGCUUAUUACAGAAAUGUUGGGCGGCUCAGUGUAGUUUCUGGUUAUGUUUCCGAAGGGUGUUGUGUUCAUCACAUAGUGGAGCAUUGCAGUGGUCUUCUCGGGUUGUGUCACGGACGUGGAAAAGCAGUAGUGUUUUGUUGUUUUCUUGUGUCAAGUGUUAUGUCUUUGUUGGUUUGUUGUGUCACGGAAGUAGCUAUGUCUUUCUUGGUCUGUUGUGUCACGGAAACAGCUUGGUCUUUCUUGUUUUGUUGUGUCACAAGACUGCUGUUGGGUUUGUUGUUUUCUACUCUCAUUGUCUUUAAAUGAAAUGAAGUUCUCUAGUUUGUAAUGAAAUGAAAGUAUUCACGGAAACAGUUUGUAAUGAAAUGAAAGUAUUCUAGUUUCUUUCUGUCAUUUUCAUCUUCCCCUUCUCAUAUUCUCUUUUUGAUAUUAUCGCCAAUAUCAUCUUCUCUUUCUCAUAAUCUCGUUUCUCAAUCACUUAUCAUCAAAAUAUCAUCGCCAAUAUCAUCUUCUCUUUCUCAUACCAAGGGCUGCAACAAAACAUACCAAGGCAAUUUCAUAAAGAGAUACUCCGUAACCAUGGCAUCUUCUUCUGGUAAUAAUCCUGAUGAUUUUGAUCAAUAUUUUGAUCAAUAUGUUGAUCAAUGUAUUGAUCAAACGUUCGAGAAUCUUGUCGCUGCUUAUGGUGGUCAAGAAGAGGAGAGGUCGGAAAGGAAAAAACGUGUUUAUAUCGAAAGAAACCGUGAAGCAGGCCAUAUACGUUUAUGGAAUGAUUAUUUCAGUGAAACUCCCACGUAUCCUGAAAAAUUCUUCCGACGACGAUUUAGAAUGAAUAGGCGAUUGUUCAUGCACAUUGUUGAUCGACUCUCCAACGAAGUUCACUUCUUUCGCCAAAAGAAAGAUGGUCUUGGAAGGCUUGGGCUCUCUACACUCCAAAAGUGUACCGCAGCUAUUCGUGUCUUGGCAUAUGGUACUGCGGCGGAUACGGUCGACGAAUACCUCCGGCUCGGUGAAACUACAACUCGGGCGUGUGUGGAAAAGUUUGUGGAAGGAAUAAUAAAUUUAUUCGGCGCUGAGUACCUGAGGAGACCAACACCCGCUGAUCUUCAACGUCUACUUGAUAUUGGUGAGCAGCGUGGAUUUCCCGGGAUGAUAGGAAGCAUCGAUUGUAUGCAUUGGGAGUGGAAGAAUUGUCCCACGGCUUGGAAAGGGCAAUAUUCUCGGGGUUCGGGUAAGCCAACCAUCGUUUUAGAGGCCGUUGCUUCAUAUGAUCUCUGGAUAUGGCAUGCUUUUUUUGGACCUCCAGGUACCUUAAAUGACAUCAAUGUUCUUGAUCGCUCACCUGUUUUUGAUGACAUAAUAAACGGUCAAGCUCCGCAAGUCACUUACUCCGUCAAUGGAAGAGAGUACCAAUUGGCUUACUAUCUCACCGAUGGGAUUUAUCCGAAAUGGGCAACUUUUAUCCAAUCUAUUCAAAUACCACAAGACCCGAAAGCAGUUUUAUUUGCUCAGUGUCAAGAAGCUGCCCGAAAAGAUGUCGAGCGUGCUUUUGGAGUCUUGCAAGCUCGUUUUGCCAUUGUUAAGAAUCCGGCACUUUUUUGGGACAAAGUCAAAAUUGGGAAUAUUAUGAGAGCGUGUAUCAUACUCCAUAAUAUGAUUGUAGAAGACGAAAGAGAUGGAUACACCCAUCUCAAUGUUUCAGAGUUCCAACAUGGAGAAGACGCCGGAAGUUCACAUGUCGAUCUCACGUAUUCUACAGAUAUGCCUUCAAAUAUCGCCAAUAUGAUGGGUGUUCGAACACGAAUUCGUGAUAAACAAAUGCAUCAACGCCUGAAAGCUGAUUUGGUUGAACAUAUAUGGCGUAAAUUUGGAGGUGAUGAAGACAACAACUGAGCUCCGACUAGUGUUUCAAAUUAUUGUCGUUUAUUUUAAUAAUCUUUGUUUUAAUGUUUUUAUUUAAAAUCCUAUGUCGAAAAUGUUAUCUUUUAAUAUGUUUUAUUUAAUAAAUAAAUUUUAUCUUAAAAA